UUUUCUUAUUUCAUUUCAUCAUUAAUAAACACUUCAAGGGCCACCCUACGCCACGAUUUCCUCUUUUCUCCCUCACCGCCGAAGUUCAUCAAUCUCCUCUUCCCGGAAAAGCCAUGGGGAAAGGUCCAGGUCUUUACUCCGACAUUGGCAAGAAAGCUAGAGAUCUUCUCUAUAAGGAUUACCAGAGCGACCAUAAAUUCACCGUCACUACUUACACUUCUGGUGGAGUUGCUAUCAGUUCUACUGGAAUUAAGAAAGGUGAGAUAUUUUUGGCAGAUGUAAGCACUCAGCUAAAGAACAACAACAUCACAACUGACGUAAAAGUUGACACCCACUCCAAUGUUCACACUACUGUUACUAUUGAUGAACCUGCUCCAGGGUUGAAGACAAUUUUUAGCUUUCGUGUUCCUGACCAGAGAUCUGGCAAGGUUGAACUCCAAUAUCAGCAUGAAUAUGCUGGAAUAAGCACUGGCAUUGGUCUGACUGCCAGCCCCAUUGUUAACUUCGCUGGUGUUAUUGGAAAUGACAAACUCUCACUUGGAACAGAUUUGUCAUUUGACACUGCCUCAGGAAACAUUACUAAAUUGAAUGCAGGCUUGAGUUACACUCACUCUGACCUUAUUGCGGCACUUACCUUGAACGACAAAGGUGAUGCUCUUACUGCAUCCUACUACCACCUGGUUAGCCCAUUGAGCAACACGGCCGUUGGUGCGGAGCUUUCACAUAGCUUUUCUAGCAAUGAAAACACUCUCACUAUAGGCACACAGCAUGCUCUAGACCCCCUGACUUCAGUGAAGGCACGGGUGAACAACUAUGGUAGGGCAAGUGCUCUAAUCCAGCACGAAUGGCGCCCGAAAUCCUUGUUCACCAUUUCUGGAGAAGUUGACACACGAGCCAUUGAUAAGAGCGCAAAGAUUGGUCUAGCCUUGGUUCUCAAGCCUUAGGGGGAAAUCUGUUCAUCCUUGGAGAUUACCGUGGAGGGUAAUAAGCUGGUUUUUUCUUCAUCUAGUGUAGACUUUUUUCUUUUUCUUUUUCUUUUUCUUCAUAUUAUCAAAAUUUCCCUUCCCCAACUGGAACAUUGAUGUUUGUUUUCAAUUGGUUGCAUCUGUUGGAGGGUGUUCGGGUUUGUGAAAAUAAUUGACUUCAACAAUCAGUUUUCUUUUGGCUGAAGUGAACUUUGCGGUGGUUUUUAAACUCAAUUGAAAUCAUUCACUUUAGUUCAGUGCAAA